GGGGUUAUCCAAGACCCAUAAUGCCCCCCAUAUGCCUGAACCCCUCACACGGAUUGGCACCUGUCUCGCUUCUGCCACACGGAUCAAGACAUGGAUGGUGGGCAGCCGAUAGCAGGUUAUUAUGGGAACAAGCCUCCCUAGUGUCACCUGUGAGGCUAGGGAGUCUCAACGCGGGUGUCAGGGAGCGAGACAGGCAGAUUGCAACCAUCAAGAGGGCACCUGGGAUGCAGAGAAAAGCACAUGGACGUCACCUGUUUACGGAGCCCCUGUGAGAUACAGAAAAAUGGCUGUAGUGAGGACUGGACUCGGCACGGAAAAGAGCUCCCGUCUUAGGAGGAGAAAUGUGUUGUUGUUGAAGUGCCUUGGUUUCAUUUUUGUUGUUAUUUUUUUCUGUGAGUUCUUGCUGUACUACCUUGUUAUAAUCCAGUGCCACUGGCCACAUCUGGCGACUACUCCCAGUCGGCACCCAACAUCUCCACUGAAGGCUAUGUUCUUAUCAGACACUCAUCUGCUUGGGGAAAUCACUGGUCACUGGUUUGAUAAAUUAAGAAGGGAAUGGCAGAUGGAGCGGGCCUACCAGAGUGCCAUUUGGUUACUGCAGCCGGACAUUGUUUUUAUCCUUGGGGAUCUGUUUGAUGAAGGAAAAUGGAGUAACUCUAAGGCAUGGGAGGAUGAUCUCACCCGAUUUCAGUCUAUGUUCAGACACCCUCCUCAUACAGAGCUGCUAGUUGUUGUUGGAAAUCAUGACAUUGGAUUUCAUUACCAAAUGACUGAACACAAACUUAAUAGAUUUGAGAAAGCUUUUAAUCUCACUUCUGGCAAAGUAGUUUCUCGUAAAGGAAUUAAUUUUGUGUUGGUAAAUAGCGUAGCUCUUGAGGGCGAUGACUGUGUAAUCUGUAAAGCAGCCGAAGAUCAAAUCCUUGAGGUUUCUCGUCAGCUCAAUUGCUCCCGAAUGAAAAAUCAUCCAGACUUUAUGAAAAAAUGCAGAAGUGUCCACCUGCUGCCUCCAUCCACUCCAAUCCUAUUGCAGCAUUAUCCUUUGUAUCGUAAGAGUGAUGCUGAAUGUACCGGAGAAGAUUCUGCUCCUCCAGAGGAAAAGAAAGUUUUGUUUAAGGAGCAGUAUGAUGUUCUUUCCCAGGACGCUUCUCAAAAGCUACUGAAGCUGAUUCAGCCUAGGCUCAUCUUAAGUGGCCACACACACAGUGCUUGCAGAGUGCUCCAUGGUAAUGUACCAGAGAUCAGUGUCCCAUCAUUCAGCUGGAGGAACAGAAACAACCCAAGUUUCAUCAUGGGACUGAUAACAGCUGAAGACUUCUCCCUUGAAAAAUGCUUUCUUCCUACAGAGAACACGGUCAUCUACAUCUACUGUGUAGCGGGAGUGCUGCUCUGUUUCUGUGCAGCAAUUUAUUUGUUGCCCCUGAACGUUUUAAAAUCAUUUUAUACCACAAAACAAAAGCCAAUAUAAUGGAGCAGCCUGAGUUCAUCAUGUGCCCGUUCAAGUCCUUUUCUCUACAAUAGACCAGUAAUUUUACAAAUAUAUAUUUAUUAAAUUAUGUACCUGUACAAUAUGUGACUGUUACCUAUAAAUUAAGAAAAAGAGAAUCCUUCAUUGAUGUAAUAGCCAUAUCACCUGCAGCACAGCCGGUAUCUGCCAAGUGUGGUUGGACUUUCAGAUCAUCGGAUGGACACCAUUUCCUUCUUCAUUGCUGAAGCCAGAUCUAUGUUCACUGUCAGAGGUCCAUUGUGGUCAAAUAAAUGUGGUUGUUGAUAUUUGUGCAUGUUCAAUUUAGUUAAAACUUCAGCCUGAAACACCAGGCAA